AUGGUGGGGUGCAGCCAGGCUCUCCUGAAGCCUCUUGGAGAAGGAACAGCACGACAACACGAGUGCUCUGCCAGCAAGGACACGGGGGACAAUGGACGUGUCCUCAAUAACCAUCAUGUCUGCUGCAAUGUCCACCUUAAGGUCCUAAACGUUAGAGACCUCCGCUGUAGGAACAACAGAAACAAGGCCAAGAAAAAUUCAAAUACUGCCCGAAUCUUUCAGUUUGAGAUAAAAGGAAGAACAGAGGACUUCAUUCUCGAAGUGCAGGUGACACACCAGUCUGCGUUCUCGCGCAUCGCAUGGAGAAUGAUUCUCAAGCUUUCCUCUAACAGCUGGGAGAUGAAGAUGCCACAAACAUCAGAGAAACCGCCACAGUUUCCCGCUAAUCGCAUUCCCAGGUCCGGGGCCAUGGGGACUCAGGGAGCGGCCGAGUGCCCAGAACCGUGCACCGGCUCCGCUGCUCCCGCCCGGAAAACCCAGGAGGGGGAGGAGCCGAGGAAUCGAAAGAGAAACCCGGGGGAGGCUGGGGGGACUGGCGGCCGCCCGGCGCGGGGCGCGGGGAUGGAGCUGCGGGCGCUGCGGCGGUUCUGGCUGCUUUGCUGCUGCUGCUGCUGCUGCGGCCGCGGCCUCCCCGCGGACCCCAGCGCCACCUUCACGGCGACGGAGCCGCGGAGCCGCGAGCGACAGGCAGCCGCCUUCCGGGAAAGCCUUAAUAGACAUCAAUACUUGAAUUCUGUAUUCCCUCAUGACAACUCUAGUGCCAUCUAUGGAAUAAAUCAAUUUUCUUAUUUGUUUCCGGAAGAGUUUAAAGCUAUUUAUUUAAGAAGCAAGUCUUCCAGACUACCCAGAUACCGAACAGAGGUGCAAACAUCCAUACCCAAUGUAUCUUUACCAUCAAGAUUUGACUGGCGGGACAAACAUGUUGUAACCCAAGUGAGGAACCAGCAAACUUGUGGAGGAUGCUGGGCCUUCAGCGUGGUGGGUGCCGUGGAAUCAGCAUAUGCAAUAAAAGGGAAGCCUUUGGAGGACCUGAGUGUACAGCAGGUCAUCGACUGUUCCUAUAAUAACUACGGCUGCCAGGGAGGCUCCACUCUCAGUGCUUUGAACUGGCUGAAUAAGACACAAGUAAGACUGGUGAGAGAUUCAGAGUACCCAUUUAAAGCACAGAAUGGCCUGUGCCAUUACUUUUCUGAUUCACAGUCUGGAUUUUCGAUCAAAGGUUAUUCUGCAUAUGACUUCAGUGACCAAGAAGAUGAAAUGGCAAAAGCACUUCUUACCUUUGGCCCCUUGGUAGUGGUAGUAGAUGCAGUAAGCUGGCAAGAUUAUUUGGGAGGAAUAAUACAGCACCAUUGCUCUAGUGGAGAAGCAAAUCAUGCCGUUCUCAUAACUGGAUUUGAUAAAAUAGGAAGUACUCCAUAUUGGAUUGUGCGGAACUCAUGGGGAAGUUCAUGGGGAGUAGAUGGCUACGCCCAUGUUAAAAUGGGAGGCAAUAUUUGUGGUAUUGCAGAUUCUGUUUCUGCUGUAUUUGUGUGAUAUGUUGGGAAGAUCAAGGGACAGCGACAAAAAUGAAGGUUCAUAAUAAGAUGUAGCAAAGAACUCCAUUCCCAGAGCUGUUCGCCUUCAGGCCACCGGCUCCUGGCCUAAGAGGACUCUGUGGAACGGUUUCUGGACCCUGGGAUGAAGGUCACUUUAGGAAUCUCUUCAAUUUGAAGAGGAUUUUAUCUGGCUUGAUUGUUGUUUUUGUUUGUCUUUAAUGAUAUACUUCCAGUAGGAUUGGAGGGGAUAAGAAUUUCUUUUCCUCUGUACAAUAUCAUCACCAGCCAUAGCUUACAUUUAUAUACAAAAAUGGUAAGCCUAGAAUAAGGUGUGCUUCUCACAGUUACAAUCACAGCCCUCGGAGAUGGAAUUUCCUAAAGAUUUUGAAAGGGCAAUUGCUUUACCUCCACAAAAGAUGCUUACCCUUGAAACAGUAAAAAGGUCAUAUAGAAAGCAACAAAAGGACAAAACCACUUUUUAAGAGAAAUUGAUUGAAAUUAAAGGACCAAUAUGGCAACUGUGUGGUAGGAAAAAUUCCAGGAGCAUUGCCUGAGAGACAAAUUACUGUUUGGAAAAUUUUGUUGUCAGUAGGCUUCCAGGAGAGUGUUAUUUCUUCCUUUGUCCUCCCUGUAUUGAGGAGGAUGCCUCCUACUCUUUUUCUUGUUCUUUACUGUAAUGCUCCUAAACAUUCCAGGUGGUUUGGCUUCCCUGGCUAAAGAAGUCUCAUUUUUCACUUUCCAUUUCUAUUUUAUAACCAUUUAUUUGGCUCCAUUUGCCUCUAAGCCUUUAUCAAGUCAGGAUCUUACUUAUCUGUUCCUCUCCUCAUUCCUAGGCACCACCCCUUUCAAAGCCCAAGCCUAGCAAUCUGGGCUAUCAGUCAAACUGACUUUCCCAAUCUGUCUGUUUUCCCACUUUUCUGCUUACUUUUCCCAAACGCCCAUACUAACCACGUUUUUAUGUAUCCUUUUGGCUUCUACGUGGUUCCAGUUCUUGAUGCCAAUGUUUUCUUUUGCAGAAGUCAUCAUGUGUGGGUGUGUGGCAGUGUAAGAACCUCAGAGCAGAAGAGCAGAAGAGCUGAUCUUCUGACUAAAUAUAAGUACAAUAAGUACUUAUUCAAUAUUCAAUGGGUUAAUAUAAGAAAAUCAUAUCAAAUAUUGCAUAUGUAAACAUUUCUUCUCUGAAACUUAUGGUUGCUUUCUAAUGUAGACUAUCUUAAAGAAAACAAAAUUUUAAAUGUAACAGCAACCACUAAAAAAAUUGAAGCCCUCCCAUUUUCCUCUCACUUUUGAGCUUUGUUUAUCUAUCCCCUUUAUUAGAAAGUGAAAAUCAAAAACAAAACACUGUAUUUCUUUGUUUUACACCAA